AAGCCAGCCAAGGACAACCCCAAGGAGGCACGGAGACUACUAUUUCGCCGUGAGGGAGACAAGGCUGCCCCAAGAUCAGAGAAAGAGACGUCAUUCUGGCUACCAACCGAGCAUUAGCAAAUGAAGGCUUCCAAGCGUUCAUCUAGGUGAUGGAUGCAGGAUAUACCAACACCAGAGCGGUCACGAUUCUCCUGGAGAAAGACACCCUGGGCUCUAUGCUACUAUCCGACUAUAAAGAGACAUUGCUACUAGAACAAUGGUAUCGUGUUAAGGUCCAUGGGGUCCCAAUCAGACGUUACCUUAUCUGUGGCCUGGCUCUGGCUCGCAAGGAGAUAGAACUGGGCACUGGAUACCAGCUGAAGAGGAAUCCAACAUGGCUCUGGAUUUCAAAGGAAUUGCAUAACAGCAACCAGAAGAGUUCUACUAUCGUUAUUACAGUUGGGUCACUAGAGGAGGUCCGGAGGCUCCUCAUCAAUGGUAUUCGAUUUGAGGAUCCAGGUAAAGGAUAGAACAGUACUGGGAAACACGAGUGGACACAGUCUGCCCUUGGUGCUGCCAGCUAGGUCAUCGCAGCUUCAACGCCUGUGGGAACCGGCCACCAUGCUGUUUUAUAUACGCGGGGCCCUAUGAAGGCACUGAACA